GGCGCGCGGCCGGUGAGUGCGGAGGGGCCGGGCGGGGAGGGAGCGGCUUGGCCCGCUCACCAUGGGCACCAUUAGGGUCUAUUACACCAGCGUCACCGGAUCCAGGCAGGUGAAGCAGAAACAGGCAGAAGUUACUCGAAUUUUGGACAUUAACAAAACAAAGUACGAGUUAAUAGAUAUAUCCAUCAGUGAACAUCUGCUUCAAGAGAUGAGGGUGAAGGCUGGUAAUCCUAAUGCAAUACCUCCUCAGAUAUUCAAUGGUGAUGACUACUGUGGAGACUUUGAGAUGUUAUAUGAAGCAACUGAAAAUGAAGAAGUUUGGAAGUUUCUGAAGAUGGCAUCAAUAGACAAGCCUGCAAGAGAGGAAAUUACUGUCUAAAGGAUGUAUCCAGAUCUGAACUCCAACAAUGCUUCAGGAACCAAAUAUACUAAAUAUAUUUAUUUCUUAAUAGUUUUGUUAAUUAUUCAGGGUAAAUAAAUCUUAUGUAUUUUUGUGUUUUAAUAUUACUGUUAAUAUUACUACUAAAUAAUAAUUUAAUAUUUAUUAUAAUAUUAAAGUAUAGCAGAUUUAGAUCUUCUUUGAUAGAUUACACAUUGUACCAUUCAAAAGCAGUUUUUCAAUCAAACUAGAAGAUAGAUGUCCUAAAGGCCUUCUAACCCUCUUCUGUUCUGAAAGCCAACUUACUGUUUUCCAUGUUUCUCAGGGGUCUUUUAUUAAACGAAGUAGUUCAUACAUAUCUUUGUAUCAUCUUUGGCAUGAGGUGAUUUUUCUCCAAUACAGUAUACCCAGAAUUAUUAUAUUGUUAUAUUAAUUGAGCAGUUUUAUUUAUGUGGGACCUUCAAUAAAAGGCAAUGAGUAUAGUAAUCAAUCAU